CUUAGAGAAUCCACUAACUAUGUCAGUUCAAGAAAAUGUUGGUCAGACCAUUUGUAAUGGUGCUCUCCCGAAUAAUGAGGAGCUCCCUAAAAGAGAAUGGAAACUUGGCAGUUUUAAGGAGUUCACAAAUGAGGCAGGACUCAGAGCGCUGUUUGCUGAAUUUCUUGGAAUCUUCAUGCUCGUACUUUUCGCUACAGGUGGAAUAAACCCCAGGAUCAUAGCGAGAUUAGAUGACAGCGGAACCACAGAUCUCUUUAACUUUUCCACAUCCUUCGGAGUUGGGAUGACUGUGUGUUUAAUGAUCUACCUAUGUGAGGACGUGUCAGGAGGUCAUGUGAACCCCUCCAUCACUCUCAUGUUCUUCCUGGAUACUCAGAUCUCCUUCGUCAGGAUGAUUUGUUACAUUUUCGUGCAGUUCUGCGGUGGUUUCACUGCAGCAGGUUUGCUGUGGGGAAUUGGUGAUUUUGAGGGUCUUCCAGAUUUCGCACCUCCAACAUUCGAAGAUUUUAAUGUGAUCAGAGUAAUAGUGUUCAUGGUGGCUGGAAGCUGGAUGAUGAUACUGGUCACUCUGGCAGCAAUUGACGCUAGAAGAGGUCAUGCCGAUUGUUUCCUGCAACCCUUCGCUAUCGGAAUGAGUAUUCACAUUGCUCUUCUCUUCAUGGGACCCUAUGUCGUGACUGGUCUUAAUCCAAUAGUGAUUUGCUGGUACAUAGUCUGCGGAGCUUGGACUCACCAUCUAUGGGCCUUCGGACUUCUUCCGUUUUUGGGGACGGCUACCGCGGUCGCUGUAUACAACGGAAUCCUGCGUCCUUACAAGGCGUGAGAUACUUCUAACUCUUUAAUUC